AUGAGAUUGAGGGUCAGAAUUUCCAUCUCCUUCUUAACACAGAUCCCUAAAUCCAUCCCUAAGAAACCUCCACUUACUCGCAGAGGGUCUGGGGAAGGGGCGGCAGGCGCUGUGUCCUGCCACGAAGGUGGCAAGAAGAAGGCACUGAAACAGCCCAAGAAGCAGGCCAAGGAGAUGGAUGAGGAAGAGAAGGCUUUCAAGCAGGAACAAAAAGAGGAGCAGAAGAAACUCGAGGAGCUAAAAGCAAAGGCCUUGGGGAAGGGGCCCUUGGCCACAGGCGGAAUUAAGAAAUCUGGCAAAAAGUAAGCUGUUCCUUGUGCCUGAGGAGAUGGUGACCCUUUAUUUCAUCCAUAUUUAAACCUCUCUAUUCCCUCCUAUAACAUCUUUUGCCACCUAUAGCUGGAAUUAAGUGUUGUCUUGGAGCUGUUGUACAUUUAAGAAUAAACUUUUGUAAAAAAAAAAAAAAAAAAAAUUUUA